AUGCCACCCACGCCGUUCCAUCCCCGGACCCACCGUCUCACCCAGAAGAAGAUAAGACAUGCUCUAGAUAACACAACCGGCGAACUUGUUAACGAGGAAAGGGGAAAGGGGGUCACGGAGGAAGACUUCAAGAAGCUCGAAGCCCACCUCAGCGAAGUCAAUGAAGAGCUCAAAGAGCUCAAACUGAAGGUCAUGGGUAAUGAUGCCCCGCUCGAUGUCCCCAUCAACCUCAAGGAGCAUUUCGACCUUAUCAAUGAGCCCAAGAAGGCUAGCGAGAACGAUGCGGAAGAAGUGAAGAACGAUCCAAAAGACUAUACCCACCAUAUUCGCUUCACCAAGCGGGCUCCUUUUGUUUCUGGCAACCAGUUCUUCAUCAUCGGCAGCGCAAUCCAUGGAAACAAAAAGAGGGAAAGGAAGGAAAUCGGGGUUCGGGUGGGGAACAAUGGAGUGAACCUGCGCAUUGGAAAGAAAAGGCUUACUGGUGAAAAGCUGUUCACCCCAAAUGGGGAGUUGGAGGACAUCACCCUGUACCUGCCUCGCUGGACCCCAUCUGCCAAACUACGGAGAAACAAAUACGAGCUUCUCAAGGACAUCAAGAAACAUCUGAAGGACGAAAUGGUGAGGCUUCCAGAAGCCCAACGCAGCAAGGUCCUGCCUGGACAAGGCGUUUCAAAGACCAGAUUCUUUGGCGAAGACAUUGAUUCGGACGACGAAGAGGUGAAGAGGCCUUUCAACGUUGAUGAGAACGUUCAAGACAUUUUAACAAUUCACAACCCCAGGAAACGCAAGGAACAGCUGUUGGAAGGGGAGCAGCCAUUUCACAAGAGGAUUAAGAAAGACGAACAUGAAGAUGUGAAAAAGCGGCUCUUCAGCGGGUCUAUGGAGAACAAGCAAAAGCAGGAGGGAGAGAAACAGAAAAGGCCACAUGAGAUCUACUCCUCGUUAUUCGAGAUGCUCGACAAGACCAGCCCGUUCCGCCACAUCUACAGGAAGUGCAUGGAGGAGCCUGGACAGAACCUUGUUUCCAGGGCAACGGCUGAAGCCCUUCGCCGUGCACGUGAACAGAACAAAUGA